AGCGCGCUGAGGCUGGGAGAGCGGCUGACAUGGCGCACUUGGGGCGUCUCCUGGUUCCCCUGGCAGCCCUGGUCCUGUUUCUCUGGGCGGUCCCUGGGGCUCUGGGACGGCGGAGCAACGUGCGAGUCCUCACCGAUGAGAACUGGACCUCGUUGCUUGAAGGAGAGUGGAUGAUAGAAUUUUAUGCUCCUUGGUGCCCUGCUUGUCAGAAUCUUCAGCCAGAAUGGGAAAGUUUUGCUGAGUGGGGAGAAGAUCUUGAGGUUAAAGUUGCAAAAGUGGAUGUCACAGAGCAGACAGGAUUAAGUGGACGGUUUAUCAUAACUGCUCUUCCUUCUAUUUAUCAUUGUAAAGAUGGUGAAUUUAGGCGCUAUCUGGGCCCAAGGACUAAGAAGGACUUCAUAAACUUCAUAAGUGAGAAAGAAUGGAAGAAUGUUGAACCUAUAUCAUCAUGGUUUGGUCCAAGUUCUGUUUUGAUGACUACUAUGUCAGCACUUUUUCAGCUUUCCGUGUACAUCAGGACUAGCCACAGCUAUUUUGUUCAUGACCUUGGAAUACCAGCAUGGGGCUCAUACUUGGUUUUUGCUUUUGCCACAGUGCUCUCAGGACUGCUGCUGGGACUUUGUAUGAUAUUUGUAGCAGAUUGCCUUUGCCCUUCAAAAAGACGCAAACCUCAGCAACAGUCUACAAAAAAACCAUCACCAGAAUUUUCUCAACCUUUGAAAAAAGUGGAGGAAGAACAAGAGGCUGAUGAAGAAGAUGUUUCAGAAGAGGAGACGGAAAAUAGAGAGGGAACAAGCAAAGACAAUCCUCAGAGCAGCCUAAGACAGCGCUGUGUGGGCCCAUCAUCGGCCACAGACAAAUCCUAAGUUUUACAUAUAUCUUAAUAUUAUGAUUUUAACAAAACUGAGGGUCGGUGAUCAUUUCUGUUGCGAAUUGAACUGUGACUUGCUGUAUAUACAGUUGAGGUUGACAUUAAUUUGGACAGUUUUCAUGCAGGAAAUAAAAGCAGUUAGAUAUAACAGUUUGAAAUAUGAUUUAAGAAUAUUAUGAUGGUUUAAAGUUAUUUAAUUUCAGAAGAUCCUGGUGCCAAGCAGUAAGAUUUGUGUUUAUAUUUAAUAAUCUAUUUUGUGUGAGAUUCGAAACUGCCUUUCCCAAGAUUUGCAUUACUGGGAUAUUUAGGAAAGUUACCUUAGAGAGAAGGAUUUCUCGUUUCACAUCAUUUUUCUCAGUUUCACUGUGUGAAAAAAGGAUCAUAUCUCCCAUAAGUGGGAGUGUUGCCCAUUGUUCCAAGACAGGUAUUGCAUUGAUAACGCUGGGCUUAAGUAGAGUCCAAAAUUUCCUCAUAGAUUUUGGAUUAUACAGCUAACAAAACUACCUUACUUUAUAGCUUUCAUUUCUAUACAUGACAUUCAGGAUAUGCUGCUGACUACAAGUUGUUAUAAGUCUAUGGCAUUGUAUUAAUUCUUAAAGCUGAUGCCUGUUUUAGUCUCUUGUUCACUAUAUGAUUUUUGUUAUUUGCCAUGUGUUACAUUUUUAAGUUGAAAAAAAUUAACAGUAUCACUAUUGUGUGUACUGUGGGUAAACAGAACUUUUUUUAUCCUUUUAAGUUGAAGUUUACUGAGAGAACCGUCAAAUCAAACUGUUUACUUGAAAAUGUACAAAUUUGGCUAUACAUUCCAGAUUUUAAAUAUUAUUAUUAUUAAAUGGUCUGAAGUUUUCUUUUCUCUUUUUAAGGUAAAAAUGAAAUUUUCUGAUUUUUAAAGUUUGAUGUGGAAAAGCUUUGGUAUUUUAUAUUUUGGAAAUUCAGAGCUUAAUUGAUGUAAAAUGAAGUCUGCAUUCUACUCAAGAAACACCUACUACUAUGUGUUUUUAGUGUAUCUCUGUCCUCCACAGGUUCUUGAUGAAUUUUAUAGUUAGGAUAUUGCUUUGUGUUUGAAAAUCAUAACACUGUUAUGUUUUAAAGACAAAUUUCAUAUUGAAUUGUUGUUGACUGCUAGUACUAUGUGUCUCGCAAAUGGAAACAAGAUCAGCAAGAUGGUAGGGUAUAGUGGGGACUGACUUGAUGUCUGCCAGGCGAAAGCGGACCGAAUUCCUGAUGCGUCCUCCAGCCUUUAUGGAGUAGAUGGUGUCUGACUGCUCUCUCCUUUACGCUCUUUGUGUGAAUUCCUUAGAUUUGCAGUACUGUGAUGUACAACAGCUUCCUUUAGGCCUCUCCUUUAUAAUAUUAAAUGUCCUGCUGUCAGAGUUUGGGUAUGUAGUUUGUGAUGGCUUAGAAAAACAUUCUAAGCAGAAAAUAAAUGUUUCUAAGCACUUCAGUGAUAUUGAAGAAAAGUAUGAUUUCUCUCAGUGUCUUUUCGGAGUCUCAUGUAUCCCAGGCUGACCUCCACUACUGUAUAGCCAAGUGUGAUGGAACCAAUGAUCCUCCACCCUAUUGGCCGGGUGGUAGGAUUACAGGAACACACCAUCACUGGGCGCCCUCCUGCCUGGCAAGCACUCUACCAGCUGAGCUCAGUCUCUAGCCCAGCAGUGAUUGGUAGGUUCCUGUUUGAAAGUCUGCUUAAUCACUUGCCGCCCAGCAGUGCUCUGGGGCGUGAAGAGAUGUGUCACUACUUGUGUGCCUCAUGUGACCCAAAGACUAGUCUUCUCAAUCAUUUCAGGAGAAUAAUGCUCUGUAGUCAACAUUUUGUUUGCUUUUAGUGUUUCUGUUGUAUCUCUAACAUUGUCAGGUUUUUAAUUAGAAAAUGCUUUAUUACAGAAAAUUAAAAGUAUCCUGAAUUAAGGUGUUGGGUGUUCUCAUAAGCAUAUUGUAUAAUUCUUGAAAAUUGUCACAGUAUACUUCUGAAAAAUUUUGUUUUGAUACCACCAGUAUACAGAACCUCAUGGUUAAUUUACAAAUGAUUCUGAAAUGAAUAAUGUGUUAUAGGUAACAAACUAGGAAAUUCUGGCCCAUUCGCCACUUGUCACACUCCACCAAAAUACUGUAAAAUCUGGUCUCUACUGGAAUAUGUGGUGUUCUGCCAUAUACUGUUUCAUGAUUGUUUAGCAAGACUGGUUAAAAGAUGGGAGUGCAGGCUCAUCUAAGAGAGAUAGGAGUGUGGGCUUGUCUAAGAAAGAUGGGAGUGCGGGCUCAUCUAAGGUGGGAGUGCAGGCUCAUCUAAGGUGGGAGUGUGGGCUCAUCUAAGGUGGGAGUGCAGGCUCAUCUAAGAUGGGAGUGCGGGCUCAUCUAAGGUGGGAGUGCGGGCUCAUCUAAGGUAGGAGAUCUAAGGUGGGAGUGCGGGCUCAUCUAAGAGCUUCCCGCACAUGGUUAGCAACCUGUUGGAGCUUUGAUAAAGUUUUCAGUGUGAUCACUGCAACUUCUGUGUAACGUGUGUGUGUGUGUGUGUGUGUGUGUGUGUGUGUGUGUGUGUGUGUGUGUCUUUAAAUCAUACUUCUCUAUACCAGCAAAUCCUUUUCCAACAUGGUUAUUUUGGAGUUGCAGUAAAUGGUGCUUUUGAAAAUAGUUUUCCUGUCAAUGUAUUGGCUUUUUUUUUUUUCACAUUGUGUUGUUAGCUUUUACAAAUCAAAAUGACGUCUGAUGCUCAGUGGUUAAGAGCCUUGCAGAGGACCAGAGUUUGUUUCCUAGUACCUAUGUUGGUCAGCUCAAAGCUGCCUGUAAUUGUAGCCCCAGGGAAGGCAAUACCACUAUUCACCAUGAGCACCCACACUCCAUGUACACAUAAUAAAAAAUAAUAAAGUCAAAA